UAUCUUUCAGAAGGUUUAGUAACUAAGUGGUACAGAUCACCACGUCUUCUUCUUUCACCAAACAGUUACACUAAAGCAAUCGAUAUGUGGGCUGCAGGCUGUAUCUUGGCUGAAAUGCUAACUGGAAAAAUGCUAUUUGCAGGUGCGCAUGAACUGGAGCAGAUGCAGCUGAUUCUAGAGACCAUCCCUGUUGUCCGAGAAGAAGACAAGGAGGAGCUAAGCAGGGUCAUGCCUGCUUAUGUCAGCACAAGGUGGGAAGUGAAAAAACCUCUGAAAAAGCUACUUCCCCAAGUAAGUUCUGAAGCAAUUGAUUUCUUGGAAAAGAUAUUAACAUUUAACCCAAUGGAUCGUUUAACUGCAGAAAUGGCUUUACAGCAUUCAUACAUGAGCACAUAUUCAUGCCCAAUAGAUGAACCAUCUGCAGAGCAUCCAUUCAGGAUUGAGGAUGAAAUUGAUGAUAUUUUGUUGAUGGAAGCCAGCCAGAGCCAUUUCUCAAACUGGGGAAGGUACGAGGGAAGCUUCUCAUCUGAUUUUGAUAGUCUUCAUAAUAAUUAUGAUACAAAUGAGGUGCAGCGAGACCCUCGUGCAGGAUCAACUGCUCUUAUUGAAGAGGUACAGAUUGACCCCCGGAAAUAUUCACAAAGCAAUUCUGAACGCUUUCUGGAACAGUCUCAUUCUUCAUUGGAUCGAAUGUGUGAGACCGAUUAUGGAAGGUCAUGUGAAUAUAAAGUUGGAUCUCCAUCCUACCUUGACAAACUGUUAUGGAGGGAUAACAAACCUCAUCAUUAUUCUGAGCCCAAACUUAUCCUAGACCUGUCUCACUGGAAAAGGACCUCUGCAGUGCCUGAAAAAGGACUUUCUAUGAAAGAUGAGCCUGAUAGGCUGUUUUUAGAGAUUACCCAGUGGGUAGCAAAUACCAGGGCAACCAAUGAAUAUUCUAUUCCUCAUCCCCAAAUCCAAGAACAGAGCAACCCAUCCCUUUCUAAUGGAACUGAGUCCAAGGAAGUAAGCAGUGGAGCGCAGUCCCAGUUUGACUUGGAUGUUUUCAUUACCACAGCACUGAAGCUCUGCUCUAAACCUGAUGAUACAGUAGAAGGCAGGCUCAAUGAUAUAAAUGGGUCAUGUAUAUCAGAGCACCCCAAUGAAAUUGUUCAGACAGAGGUAUACAAAAAAGAAAGAUGGUAGUGAGAAUUUAUUAAUAGUUUUCAGCAUAGCUUUGCAUGGGUUACACUCUGCUGUAAUGUUACCAACAUUUCACAGGACAUAUUUAAACUGAUUCAUCUGAAUGGAUAAUCUAUUUUACUAAAUUACUAUCGCAGGGCCUAAUGUAGACAGUUUUUGCAGAUGUAACCUAAGUUUCUGUUUCGCUGCCUUAUAAGUAAUAUAAUUUGUGGUGAAACUAAAGUGACACAAUGAAUGCAGGGAGCCCCUGAGGCACUAGUAAUCGGUUGAUAGCAGGACCAAUGAGACAUAGGUUGAGGUAAACUACAGGAAGAAGCAGGCAAUCUUUUUUGUGCAGUGAAAAGAAAAUCGCUACAAUUGCUAUACUUCUUUUGGGCAGUUCAGGUGGUUAGUUAUGUAAGCCAUCUUUUCCUAAUAUGUAUAAUGUACAAGUUCAAGUUACCAUUGCUAGAAUCAAUUUAUUUUAUGUCAGCAAUUGCAAAAAUGCCAGAAAAACUGGUGCUAGAGGUUAGCUUCUAAGAAUGGUCAAAUCCAAGUUAAAUGAGCAAACGGACAGCUGGAGGAAGUGAGAUACUUCCUUCAUAGUUCUUGAUGUAUGUUUUACAAUAAGAUUUAAACUUUUCUCUGAGUUCCUUUAUUGUAAUAGUGGCCAUGGCUUCUUUAGAUUUUUUUUUAAUUUUCAGGCUACGAGUUUAGUAAUAUGUACACAUGAGCUCAGUUGUUUAAUUUCCUCACCACAACAAAAAAACAGAUAAUACUUGAUAUGAUGUUGUCUUUUUUGUAUGUUAUUCAAUGUGUGGGUUGUCAGAUCUGGCCAUAUCUGACCUCGGCACCUUAUACCAAAGGCUUGGAUCUGAGAGCUCUGACUACUCCCCUAUCCAUAAUUCCCCUCUUCUGACUGAAUUACCUCGGAUCUCAUUUUCCACCUGGCUAAACUGGAUGUGUGGACCGAUAGUGCCAUCGUUCUUCAUGAUAAAUGAAAACGUAUCCCCCCUUUUCAGAAUUCUUUGAUAGCUAGAGUAGUGUUAGGGUAUUAACAGUUGUUUAAGAUAGACAAGUGCAUUUUUCAAAUUUUUUUUGAAAUAGUUACUACCAGUGUGUGUUUAUAAAUGUGUAGAUAUAUAUUGAACACCCGAAUUGGUCGUAGGUGUAAGUGAUUGGUACAGAUUAACUACCACGGCAAGGCUAGCCACUCAGUGGUGUAAACUUUGCCUCAAGAUAAUUGUCGCUGUUGUAAGUGACAUCCCGAGCCCAUGUGCAAAAUGGGAAAAAGGGGUUGAGGAUGAAUGGAUGGAUGGAGAUAUAUAGCUUUAAGUUAGUUAGUCAGAUGGUUAUUAGAUAAGUAUUAACAGUUUUUGU